AUGGCACUUGAGCAAUCUAUCAAUUUAGAUUCCAAAUCUAAAGGAGGCAUGAUUGGGAUCAGCCAAAAUCUAGAAGACGUACUUCAAAGAUGGUUCUUAACCAUCCAUGAAAGACCAGCCAUCAUCACAGCAGUAAAGCAAAUGUGUGGAAUUAACGAUUCGGACAGAGUUGGAGAGCAUGAUGAGAAAGAUGUUGAGAAGAUAGUUGCUUGUUUCAAAUCUGGUCUCAUGAAGGAUCCUUUUUCGGAUGAUAACGAUAUUUUGUGUAAUAUUGCAACUGGUGUUGUGUUGCCUGAAGAAGUAGCACACAGAUUGGUGAAAAGCAAAGAAGAGGGUCUGAUGCAGUUGGACUGCUUCGUACAACAACGCUUACAUUGUAACAGUCUGAGCUUUUGGGACGCCAUUCCAAACCUAAAGAUCAAGACGUUUAACACCACAACAAAGAAAAUCAGAGUCCCGUCUUCAAACGAGAAGUCUGUUGUCAUGACUGAAGACAGAGAUCUUUUUGGAUGGCUGUUAAUUGUUGCCAAUGUUCGAGAAAUCAACCUAAGAGAAGUUCUCAGCUUUGAGCUUUCAGCAGUACCAUACUCCCUGGCACAUUCUGAUAGCACUCUUCGCAAGACGGCAAAGAGUGUACUACUCCAAAUUUUGGAAAAUUACGUCACUGUGGAAUCACGACUUACAUCUAUUCCAGGGAUCGCAACUGUCUAUAUCCUUGACGGCAUGGCACUGGUACAGAUGAUGAAAUUUGCAGGAGUGACAACAUUUAGUGAGAUGGCAGUCAAGUACUACGAAGUAAUCACAAGUUACUUUAGGCAAGGAAACUGUCAUCGAGUUGACAUGGUUUUUUACCAGUACUGGCAUAGUUCCAUCAAAGGAGGGGAGUAG